AAGCCACCGGAAGUGACCUGUCAAAAUAAACGGGAAAGGGCUACCGGAAUUCCAAGCUAGCAUAGGAAACCGACAAAACAAAAACAGAGACUCAUUAUAGCCUGUAUGAACGCCCUAAAGAGCUACAUUUAAAGACAGGAAUCUCUGUGUAUGCCAGCUGACCAGCCCACUGAUCAGCAAAAUGAGCAGCGCUGGAAGUGUGGAGAGUGGUAAACCUCCGAAGAUCGGCUCUGUAGUGGAGGUGAUCGGGAAGGGUCAGCGCGGUACUGUUGCCUAUAUUGGCGCCACCCUUUUUGCUUCUGGGAAAUGGGUUGGCGUCAUACUGAAUGAGGCCAAAGGCAAGAACGAUGGCACCGUGCAGGGGAAACGAUACUUCACCUGUGAGGAAAAUCAUGGGAUAUUUGUCAGACAGUCCCAGCUCCAGGUGGUGGAUGAUGGCUCCAGUGCCACUUCACCAGAAUCCGAAACGGGCCCUGCAAAAUCGCUGAGACAAAAAGACAUUCCCGAGACUCCCAAAACAGCCAAGCAGACUCCUGCGAGCAUUAAGAAGUCCUCUACCCGCCGCUCUGCCAAGUUUACCACUCCAAGUCGACUAACGCCUGCCACCUCCCUCCCGUCACUUUUGCUACGACCCUCCGGACGCACCAGCCUGUCGCUGAGGGCGUCUCGUGAGAGCCUGUCCUCCUCCCUGUCUGGUGAUGUCAGUGAGGCCGGCCUGUCCUCCCACCAGGGUGCGCUGGGGGCCCCCGUCGUGCCUCAGCCCAGCGGCUCACCUGCAGCAGCGGCAGCACCAGUCCCAGCUACUCCAAGCAAGGUGGAACCUGCCAUUUCCAAGCAGGAGGAGGAAUCGAUGCGAGCUCAGGUCAAGGACCUGGAGGAGAAGCUCGAAACGCUGAAGAUGAAGCGAACGGAGGACAAGGCCAAGCUGAAGGAGCUUGAGAAACACAAGAUCCAGCUGGAGCAGCUUCAGGAGUGGAAGAACAAAAUGCAGGAGCAGCAGGCUGAUUUGCAGAAACAACUAAAAGAGGCCAAGAAGGAAGCCCGUGAGGCACAAGAGGCAAAGGACCGCUACAUGGAAGAGAUGGCGGACACAGCCGACGCCAUCGAGAUGGCCACACUGGACAAAGAGAUGGCUGAGGAGCGGGCAGAGUCUCUGCAAGUGGAGGUGGACACGCUGAAAGAGAGGGUGGAGGAGCUCUCCAUGGACCUGGAGAUCCUCAGACAUGAGAUUUCAGAAAAAGGCUCAGAUGGAGCUGCCUCCAGUUACCAUGUCAAACAGCUGGAGGAGCAGAACGGCAGACUGAAGGAGGCUUUGGUUCGGAUGCGCGACCUUUCCUCUUCAGAGAAGCAGGAGCAUGUCAAGCUGCAGAAACAGAUGGAGAAGAAGAACACUGAGCUGGAGACUCUGAGGACUCAGAAGGAAAAGCUGCAGGAGGAGGUCAAGCAGGCCGAGGCCACCAUCGAUGAACUGAAGGAGCAGGUUGAUGCUGCUCUGGGGUCAGAGGAGAUGGUGGAGACCCUGACGGAGAGGAACCUUGACCUGGAGGAGAAAGUCAGGGAGCUGAGAGAGACAGUCACCGAUCUGGAGGCCAUCAAUGAGAUGAACGACGAGCUCCAGGAGAAUGCCCGUGAGACAGAAAUGGAGCUGCGGGAGCAGCUGGACCUGAGUGUAGCAAAGGUCAGGGAGGCUGAGAAAAGGGUGGAGGCCGCCCAGGAGACUGUCGCUGAUUACCAGCAGACCAUCAGCAAAUACAGAGAGCUCACUGCCGGGCUGCAGGAGGCCAACAGGGAUCUGAUCAGCCAGCAGAAUGCAAACGCUGAACAAGUUCAACAACCUCCCGCUGAGCUGUUUGACUUCAAAAUUAAGUUUGCAGAGACCAAAGCUUAUGCCAAGGCCAUUGAGAUGGAGCUGAGGAAAAUGGAGGUGGCUCAGUCCAACAGACAGGUAUCUCUCCUCACCUCCUUCAUGCCGGACUCCUUCCUUCGUCACGGCGGCGAUCACGACUGUAUUCUGGUCCUUCUGCUCAUUCCCAGGCUCAUCUGCAAGGCUGAGCUGAUCAGUAAACAGGCACAGGAGAAGUUUGACUUGAAUGGGAACAUGGCCCAGGGGACGGGGCUCAGAGGACCUCCAGGAGAGCAGCGCAGCUUUGCCUCAGGACUGGUGUACUCGCUCAGCCUGCUGCAGGCCACGCUGCACAAAUAUGAACAGUCUCUGAACACCUGUGACGUGGAGGUUUUCAAGCGCAUGGGUACGCUCUACACUGAAAUGAGCUUCCAUGAGCGCUCUCUGGACUAUUUCAUCGACCUGCUGCAUAAAGAUCAGCUAGAUGAGACUGUUCAGGUGGAACCUCUGACCAAGGCCAUCAAGUACUAUCAGCAACUGUACAGUGUCCAUCUGGCAGAUCAGACUGAAGACUGCACAGUGCAGCUGGCUGACCAUAUUAAGUUUACCCAGAGUGCCCUGGACUGCAUGGCGGUGGAGGUGGCUCGUCUGCGGGCGUUCCUGUCUGCAGGUCAGGAGAGCUCUGGCCUCGUUGUCCUGCUGAAGGACCUGGAAACUUCCUGCUCUGAUAUCAGACAGUUCUGUAAGAAGAUACGCCGGCGCAUGCCUGGAACAGAUGUGGCUGGAGUUCCCGCUGCCCUCAAUUUUGGACAACAGGUGUCGGAGAUGUUGACAGAGUGCAGGCGCCAGCAGACCCGGGUGGUGGCUGUUCUGCAGGAGGUGGCUGCAGCUGGAGCUCAGCUGGUCGCUCCACUGGCAGAACAGGAGGGGCUCAAUGCUCUUAAACUAGAGGAUAUCGCCUGCAAGGCUGUGGACCAGGUGUACGGCUCUCAAGGCUUGAAUGGCCCAGAGUCUCUGCGUCAGUCCUGCAGCGCCGUCAUCGCCACCAUGAACAAGAUGGCCACAGCCAUGCAGGAAGGGGAGUAUGAUGCUGACAAACCACAGGGCACGACCCCGCCAGUGGAGGUGAGAGCAGCCACCGUCAGGGCUGAGAUGACUGAUGCUGAGGGUCUGGGAGUGAAGCUGGAAGACAGAGAGACGGUCAUCAGGGAGGUCAAGAAGUCGCUCAAGAUCAAGGGCGAGGAGCUGAGUGAGGCCAACGUCCGUCUGAGCCUGCUGGAGAAGAAGCUUGACACCUCCACCAAAGACGCGGAUGAGCGGGUGGAGAAGAUUCAGACCAAACUGGACGAGAACCUCGCCCUGCUCAAGAAGAAAGAAAAGGAGUUUGAGGAGACGAUGGACGCUCUGCAGGCUGAUAUCGACCAGCUGGAGGCGGAGAAGGCAGAGCUGAAGCAACGCAUUAACAACCAAUCAAAGAUGACCAUUGAAGGCCUGGUAUCAAGAGGCCCGACUGUCCCUGGAAUUGCCUCAGUCGUUCAGGGAUCUCCAGGAGGUCUGCCUCCAUCCCUGGCUGGAGCACUUCAGGUGGUGGACUCCCCUCUCCUCAGGCAGCAGGUUGAGGCUCAGAGACUGGGCAUCAAACACCUCAAGAACGAAAACAACAGACUCAAGGCAGAGAAGAUGAGAGCCCAGCUGGCAGCCCUGCCUCCACUCUGCCCUCCCAAACUGCCACAGGUCUCCAAAGAAAGCUCCAUGCCGCCUGACGGACUCAACACAGGCAUCUACCGCAGGACUGACCAACUGCUGGCAACUCUGCUCAAGCUUAGCAGCGAGGUUAAGGUUGUGGACGUCACCGGGAAGACAGCCGUUAGUGCCAGUGCCCAGCUGCUGGAGCAGACGGCUCGGCUGCAGAACCUCAGCACUGCUCUGGACAAGCUCAAGGGAGAAGUAGCUGAACAUGUCGUGUCAUACCAGCCCGGAGCAAAGGCUUCCUCUGACUUCGCCACCUUCCCAAUCUCCUCCUUUGUUAAGGCCAAGGGAGAGAAGCAGGGAGGAACAGUAUUUGUCGGUCGUGUUGCCAUUCCGUGCACUCCUGGACAGGAACAAGUCCACCGGCUUGUCCUGUCACAGCAGCAGCUGCAGAAAGUGCACCACCUCCUCAUGACCUAAACUGGCAAGCCACUGACCCACAGCCAUGAUUGAAAUCAAAAAAAGCUUUUCUUUCUCAUUCCAGCUUCCACUUCCAGCGUUCUGCUCUUUUUAUCCCUAUCACUCUGCUCUCUUCUCAGGAAAUUGUAUUCAAUAUUUGCAUAAGUUAACACUAUAGCACUAAUAAAACCGAGUCUCAGCAAUGUCUUUCUAUUGUUGUAAAACUAAUAGGAGUUUAAUAAUUCUGAAUGAAGUCCAAAACGGAUUUGACUGCUGAAUGUCACACUAUGAAGGCGUCAUGUUGUCAUUACUGAGUUUGUAUGCACCAGUUUUACCAACUCUUUGUGGGAAAGUGAGCAACAAGUCAUUUUUGCACCUAUUGAUAUUUCCCUCCUUUGUAUCUUUUUGUAUUUGUAGUCAGCCAAUAAAAGUUAGCAAUUCACUUCAGAACAAGAAACCUCU